CGGCUGCAGACACCGCCGGCCGCCCGCUCGCCCUGCCGCAGCGAGGGCGCCGCUGCGUGCGCAGAGCCCCGAAACAGGAAUAAACCAAUACAAUGGAUUGGGGUACCCUGCACACUUUCAUCGGGGGUGUGAACAAACACUCCACCAGCAUCGGGAAGGUGUGGAUCACCGUCAUCUUCAUCUUCCGUGUCAUGAUCCUCGUGGUGGCCGCUCAGGAAGUGUGGGGAGAUGAACAGGAAGACUUUGUGUGCAACACUCUGCAGCCAGGAUGCAGAAACGUGUGCUAUGACCACUUCUUCCCCGUGUCCCACAUCCGGCUGUGGGCCCUGCAGCUCAUCUUUGUCUCCACCCCUGCCCUGCUUGUGGCCAUGCACGUUGCCUACUACCGGCAGGAGGCCGCCCGCAAAUUCAGACGAGGAGAGAAGAGAAAUGAAUUCAAAGACUUGGAAGACAUUAAAAAGCAGAAGGUUCGGAUCGAGGGAGCCCUGUGGUGGACGUACACCAGCAGCAUAUUUUUCCGAAUCAUCUUCGAAGCCUCCUUUAUGUAUGUGUUUUACUUCCUAUACAAUGGGUACCACCUGCCCUGGGUGCUGAAAUGUGGGGUUGAUCCUUGCCCCAAUCUCGUUGACUGCUUCAUCUCCAGACCUACGGAGAAAACCGUGUUCACCAUUUUUAUGAUCUCUGCCUCGGUGAUUUGCAUGCUACUCAAUGUGGCCGAGUUGUGCUACCUGCUGCUGAAAGUGUGUUUCAGGAAAUCAAAAAGAGCCCAGACACAAAGAAACCACCCCAGUCAUGCCCUAAAGGAGAGUAAGCAAAAUGAAAUGAAUGAGCUGAUUUCAGAUAGUGGUCAAAAUGCAACCACUGGUUUUCCAAGUUAGACAUUUCAAAGUGCAAUGUAGCCAGCUCCUAACAGAACUGGUGUCUUCUCCUAAGGACCCUCUCUCUAGGCUAGAGACUUUGUGUUUAUAAAUGGCUUUCAUAAUACAUAGGUACUUGAGUUAAUGUUUUAUAGAAUAAUUGUGCCAUUAAUAUGCAACAUGAUCACAUAUGUGGUCCAUCUCUGAAAACUAAGACAGGUUGACAACCAUACCUUGAAGCUUCUUUCACAUGUCUGUUUUAAGUGGACCAUCUGACAUAGUGGGUAUUUCCUGAAACUUUAAGAUUGUAACUUUUGUUGAUAAUGUUAAUCUAGAAAUGGAUACUUUUAUUAGUAAAAGAUAUUUUUAUAGGAUUAAGUGUUUUAGUACUGACUUUGAAUUUAUAUAUUUUUAUAAUGACUAGUCUUCUUUACCUGGAAAAACAUACGAUGCUAGUUUUUAGAAUUAUACUUUAAGUAUUUAAAUUUUGAACUUACUGUAUCUUGUUGUAAAUCAUAUUUUGCAUUGUCUACCGACAAGUUUAUAAACUAGCAUGAUGCUCUGGAAAGUGUUCAUUGUACAAUAUAUUUUUACGGCUUUGUGAAUGUAGACAGAGCUGUAUGGAGGUCGGAAGCUUUUUAAAACUAGUCCAUUUGCAGUAGUUGUGAACAGCUCCCCUCAAUAAAGAUGAACCCCACUGCUUAAGCGUU